AACAUCACAUGCUUCCUGCCCUCCUCCGCUUCAGCAAGCAGAUUGCAUUUUCUUCACAUAAAGGCUCCAUGGUUCAGGUAUAAGUGCGCCAGCUUCAUGUUAGCGCAUCUGCAGGUUGCGUGGAUGAAUGACUGCUCGCUCGCUCCAAAAUGAGCGAUCAGAGAAGAAAAGCGCUGAAAACAAUACUUCAGCUGACGUCACAACUUCUGUGGGUGGUGGGGUUGGUGGUGGGCCUGAGUGGAGUCUACCUGCUGAUAUACUACAGACAGAGCAGCGUAUUUUUCUCUCACAGCUACAUCACCCUGCCAGUUAUCCUCACUCUCGCCAGCGCUGCGUUCCUGCUGGUCAGCGGGUGCCUUGGCACCUGGCUGAGCCUCAGGGAUUCCACCUUUCGGCAAGGACUGUUUGUUUAUCUGCUGAUGUUGGUCUUUUGUCUGGAGAGUACAGCUUCAGCGUUGGCUUAUUUUCACUCUACACAGCUGGAUUCAGAGAUAGCACCCCUCAGUGGAGUGUUUCAGAACUACACAGGCAACGUCCAGGACCCCAACUCUCUAGCUGUGGAUGCAACACAAGAGGAGCUGCAGUGUUGCGGUGUUCAUGGCUACAGAGACUGGCUGGAAACCUCCUGGUUUAACCGCACUGGAGGCCUCUGGGUUCCUCACAGCUGCUGCAACUAUACUUACCCCUCCUGCAAUGGCACUGUGGACCAGCCAUGGCAGCUUAAUGAGCAGGGCUGCCAGGUGAAGCUGGAGACGAGCUUACAGUUUGUGCUGAGUUUUAUCAUCUGGAUGUCGCCAGUGGUUUUUCUGGUGGAGGUUGUUUUGUUUGUGACGGUGGGACAGCUGAUGAUGGACCAGCCUUUAAUGCAUUAUCAAAUAUUGGGCAAAAACUAAAAAAAAAAAAAAAAAACUGUGACAGAUGGGACAGUGCCGUACUUUGCACUGAUACUUUAAUGCUACAUAGUAUGUACUUCUACGAUAUGAAUGUGCAUCAGUUAUUGGGAUUGUUGUUAGAAUAAUUAUUCCUGAGCUGCAGACUUCUCAUCUCUCUACUACUACCUAUAAAUACAGGUUUACUCUAGUACACUACAAAACAUGUGACAUAAAGGUGAUGGAAAAUAUUUUGUGAUGCAGUUGUUGGUAUUUCUGACAUUCUGUUGCUUUUAAAGGUACUGUUGCACCUUUUAGUAUAGAGUCAUGAUGUUGUAUGUUCCUGCAGAGUGGAAAUAAAAGGGACAAGAUUCUUA